AGUUCACAAAAAUGACUGCACAUAGAAUUUUUCGUUGUGAUAGAAGCAGUAUUCGUUCUGACAUAUGCAUCAUGGAAGGGGAUGUAAGAACACACCCUGCUUCCUCUUCAGUCUUCCUUUAUUUCUCAAGAGAGACAAAUGGUCUCGUUAAUUAUGGUAAAGAAGAGGGAGAUGAGGAAUUCCGACACGAAAAAAUCAGACCCUAUACACGGAAAUGGGAAACAUGUGUCAUGGACGCUAUCGGUGAAUUAGGACUUAUUGCAAAGAGAGUGAAUUCUGGUAUAACCAGACAUCGUUGUGAUGUCUGGCAUGAUGUUCCGGCUGUGUUAUUCUCGACUGGAGGAUUUACAGGCAAUGUUUAUCACGAAUUCAAUGAUGGGAUUCUGCCAUUGUACAUUACUUCACAGCAUUUCAACAGGAAGGUUGUGUUUGUCAUCACUGAAUAUCAUAAGUGGUGGAUUCUAAAGUACAGGGAUGUGCUUUCUCAACUCUCUGAUUAUCCAGCAAUAGAUUUUAAUGGUGAAAAGAGAACUCAUUGCUUCCCAGAAGCCAUUGUUGGUCUGAGAAUCCAUGACGAGCUUACCGUGGAUUCUUCGUUGAUGGAGGGGAAUAAGAGCAUUAGUGAUUUUCGAAAUCUUUUGGACCAAGCUUACUGGCCUCAAAUCAGGGGUUUGAUCCAAGAUGAGGAACGAGAAGCGCAAGAGAAACUGAAACGCAAGCUUUCUUUGUUCCCCAUAUCAUUAGAAACCUCGAUAAAAGUGGAAAAGGAAGUGCAAGAGGAUCGAUCAGAGAAGCCUAAAUUACUGAUUUUGUCGCGGAAUGGGUCCAGAGCGAUAAUCAAUGAGAAUUUGUUGGUGAAAAUGUUGGAGGAAAUCGGGUUUGGAGUCACAGUGUUGAGGCCUGACCCAACAACAGAACUGGCAAUGAUUUAUAGGACUCUGAAUUCAAACCAUGUCAUGGUUGGUGUGCAUGGGGCAGCCAUGACACAUUUUCUCUUCAUGAGACCUGGCUCUGUGUUGAUUCAAGUUAUUCCCCUUGGAACUAUGUGGGCAGCAGAGACAUAUUUUGGGGAGCCUGCAAGGAAGUUUGGAUUGAAGUAUAUUGGCUAUGAAAUAGUUCCUAAAGAGAGCUCACUGUAUGAUAAAUACGAUGCAAAUGAUCCGGUUCUUAGAGACCCAGACAGCGUGAAUAAAAAGGGUUGGCAGUACACAAAGGACAUCUAUCUUGAAGGCCAAAAUGUGCGACUAGAUUUGAGAAGAUUUAGGAAGCGGUUGGUUCGGGCUUAUUACUACAAUAACAUUGCUAAAAUGAAUGGUCGUGUUCAUCUCCAAUCACAAUAUACGUAGUUUCCUAAUUUAUCUUUUGUUUUUUUGUUUUCGCCCUCGUAUUUUGCUAUGUUGUCUUUGAUUAAUAAUUCACUCUUUGUACAGAUAUAAGUGAAAUGCUGUGAAUAUCAAGCAGCAUAAAAUGAUCUUUCUGGCAAAUAGUAGCUUAGGACCCUUUAAAUAACAGUUUCUUUUUUUUUCCCCCGUACUAGUUUGGAUUGCUUCAAUGUACUGAACGCAGAAUUUCGCCGGCAAUAUCGGAUCCGGAUUGAAUACACCUUGAUCAGUGGAAACGUGUUUGCUAUGUUUUUCAUUCCCCGACAUCUUGCCUCUCAAGUCUACGAAGCCGAAGUACAAAGUGAUAGAAAAUAUAACAGAAAAGAAGAUGGAGGAAUUAUGA